AUGUCGACUAUAUCUUCUCCACGCCCUUCGAUUGCCUCAUCUCGAGCUCACUCCCCAACUCCUGCUUCUUCCCGCCCAUCGCUCGAUGCCCUGAAUACCAGUGUCAGCGGGGGCCUCAGCGCCGCAUCUACCCCGUCCACUGCACGAGCGCUUUCCCCCUCACUACCACCACGACGCAAUCGCAGCGCCCUCCGGGACUACUAUAACCUUAAGCCCCCUGGGCUAGAUCCGUCCGCCGCUAGAGACCCCUCACGCUCACGGAGCGUACCACGGAAUACGGAUGCAGGAGAUAUUUCCAACCCAUCAGCUCUGGGAUCAGGGACAGAGCUCGAUAGCGCAGACUUCGACCCGCAUCGCUAUGUUGAGCAUCUGCUUUCAACUUCUUCGCUGUCUACUGUACUUAAAGCGGAAAACACGUUGGUUGGGGACAUCCGUACUCUUGACGGGGAGCGGAAGGCCCUCGUCUACGACAACUACUCCAAGUUAAUCCGGGCCGUGGAGACAAUCGGUAAAAUGCGCCGAAGCAUGGAUGAUCGUGGUGCUCCCUUGACCAUGACGAAAACAUUGGGGCCGGCUAUUGCUUUCGUUGCGGAGACCGCUGGUGGGCUCAUCAAAGAAGGCGAGGAGCAGCGGAAACGCAUGAAGGAGGCGAAGCAAGAUGUUGAAGAAUCGAAUCUAAAAAAUGAAAAGGAAACUGUUCGAUGGGUGCUUGCUGCACCACAGAGGCUUGAAAAACUUCUGGCGGACGACAAACGGGAGGAUGCGGAGAAGGACUGGGAAGAGAUUAAGCAUUUGCUUGACGCCUGGGGCAAUGUCAAGGGUGUGUCUGAGAUUCGCGAGGCUUGUGAGAAGGCCAUGACCGGUGCAGGCCACGACGGUUGA